AUGAAAGACUGCAAGGCGAAUUCAUCCGGUUCGCCGCCGCAGGCAAGGACAGUGCCCGGGACUCCCAUCAAGGUUAGAGUGAGUGAGGGACAGGGAACUGGCACAGCACUGCUGGGUGAUGGUACUGGGGAGGAAAUCGAGGAUGAGGACGAAGACGACCGUGUGGAUGCAGCAGAUGUUACAGACGAUACAGAGAUUGAAGAGGUAGAAAGGAGCGAUGAGAUGGAGCUGAACGACGAUGAAGAACUGGCCGAAGAGGUAAAGCUAGACGAUGAAGUGAGAACAAUCGAGGACGUAGAAACCACUGAAGAUGUCGAGCAAGCGGAUGACGAAGAGCGGGAUGAGUCGGUCGAAGAUACGGUGCUAAACACCGAACUUGUCGAGACUGAAUUUGUCGAAGACGCCGGACUUGUUGAGGACACUGAACUUGUAGAGGUCACUGAAUUUGUAGAGAUUAUUGAAUUUGUGGAGGACAUUGAACUGUUCAACGACACUGAGCUCGCUGAAGAGGCCGAAUUUGGCGACAGAGCGGAGCUUAGCGAAGAUGACGAGCUGAAGGAGCCAGACAAUGAGGUGAACACGCCUGUCGAGGACGAGAUUGAGGACAAGGACGAAGACAAUAUUGACGAAGGGGACAGGGAAGAUCCACUGGAAACCGAGGACGAGGAGCCGUAG